UAUAAAUACAGAUUAUUAGAAAACUAAACAUUACAAUAUCAAUGCAUUUUAUGCUUAAGACUAAGUUAAUGAUUGAAAUUAUUAUUUAUUAUAUGAUAAUUCGUCCACUUAAAAAAAGCCAGUCGUAUAGACCUGUCAGUUCCCGCUACUAGUGUCACCAGCUGUGUUUCACGGAGUACACGCCCAGCGUAAGCUUUCUGUUGCUUACAAAUAAAUUAAUUAAUCCCAACAUUCUAAUUACGCUGGAGCCAGACACGUUUAACGCCAUUUUCUGAAGAAGUUUUAAAGUAAUUUUUAUGGUUUUCUGAAAAAAAGUCCCAUUGAUUUUUGAUAAACAUGCUGUCUGUGCAUUUGACUUUUGAAUACCUUUAUUUUGAGGAAAACAUUUAUAUCUAAAGUGCAAAUAAGGUACUUUCCUGCAUAAUUUCGAUGUUUUUGGUGAGGUAUAUAUACAGGGGACGGUAUACGUCUGGAUACAAAAAACAAACAACUCAGUAUGGUGUCCAUUGCUCUGUGUUUUGUACUGCUGGUAGCUGAAUCUUUCUGUGGGGUCAUUCGUAAGUACACCGGAUUUGUAUGUUCGAUACCGACAUGUAAGAGCAUAGAUAUAAAUAACAUUUAUUAUUUAUUUAUGUCUCUGGUAAGAGGGUGUUUCCGAUGUUUUGUUUACAUGUAUAUCAGCUGUUAUAACGAGAAGGUUUUUAUUUUGAUAGCCCCUGGCGGACACGCAGCCGGCGAGCAUUGGUCUGUUGAAAAGGAAUCAUCAUCCAAACUAGAAAAGGCAGAACACAAAGCUUGGGAAAAAUCCAGCGGAAGUAAGUGGAACAGCGAGGGUGCUGCCACCGGAAGUCAGCAGGGCUCUCAAUGGGAGAGUUCCUCGGGAGGGGCUCAGGGAUCACAAAGCGCUAUGAAGGAGGAAUGGUCAGCGGGCUCCCAGGGGUCUCAACAGCAAUCCGGCAGCAGCUGGUCAAAGGGGUCCCAGUGGGGAGCGAAAGAAGCUUGGGACAAGAAGUGGGGCUCCUCAAGCGGGGGUUCCAAAAAGUCCGGAGGAAGCUGGUCCCUGGGAUCCAAAAAGGGCACAGCAUGGAAAGCAGAAUGGGGAAGCAAACCAGGCGCCAAUAAAUUUUGGAGCACAGAGUGGGGUUCAAGUUCAGGAGGCAUAGACAGACGGCAAGGUUCACAGGGAAAUGCAGGUGGUUCACAGCAGUGGAGUGAAGGAUCACAAGGUGGUUCAGAACAAAGCUGGAACACAAGGGGGUCAGAACAGUCGGGAGGGCAGUGGAGUGAAGACGAUUCGUCAAGAAGACAUUCAACUGGCUCUGAAGGAUUCCAUUCAAACUUUGCGGAAACACAAAACAACGCUGGGGCGUCCACUGAUGACGGGUUCGGCGGAAGUCAAGGAGCAGCUUCCGGUGACGCUAGGGCCGGCGCAAAUGGCUUUGGAUCAAACUUUGCUAAUACACGCACUGGUUCAUCCGCCUCCACCGACGGAUUUGGCGGAAGUCGCGGUGACGCUUCCGGUGAUGCUCAAGCUGGAUCUGAUGGGUUUGGAUCAAACUUUGCUAAUACACGCACUGGUUCAUCCGCCUCCACCGACGGAUUCGGCGGAAGUCGCGGUGAUGCCUCCGGUGACGCACGGGCUGGAUCUAAUGGAUUCGGAUCAAACUUCGCUAAUACACGCACUGGUUCAUCCGCCUCCACUGACAGAUUCGGCGGAAGUCGCGGUGAUGCUUCCGGUGACGCACGGGGUGGAUCUAAUGGAUUCGGAUCAAACUUCGCUAAUACACGCACUGGUUCAUCCGCCUCCACCGACGGAUUCGGCGAAAGUCGCGGUGAUGCUUCCGGUGACGCACGGGCUGGGUCAAAUGGAUUCGGAUCAAACUUCGCUAAUACACGCACUGGAACAGCAGCUUCUUCAGAUGGAUUUGGCGGAAGUCGCGGUGCCGCUUCCGGUGACGCACGAGCUGGGUCUAAUGGAUUCGGAUCAAACUUCGCUGAAACACGCACUGGUACAGCAGCUUCAUCAGAUGGAUUCGGAGGAAGUCGCAGCGCCGCUGCUGGUGAAUCCCGUGCUGGGUCCAAUGGUUUUGGAUCAAACUUUGCUCAAACACGCACUGGUUCAUCUUCGUCAACAGAUGGAUUCGGUGGAAGUCACAGCGCUGCCUCUAGUGAUGCCAGAGCAAAGUCCCAGGAAUUUGGAUCAAGUUUCGCUGAAUCCCAAAGCGGUGCCUCUGCCUCGUCUGGACAAGGAGGAAGCCACAGCCACGCCUCUAGCAAUGCUCACGCCGCCUCUGAUGGUAAUGGAUCAAGCUUUGCCGAGUCAAAAAGCUCAUCGUCAGCAAGCUCAGGAAACGGCGGCAGUCACAGCGAGGCGUCCAGUAGCUCCCACGCGUCUGCCCACGGACCCGGCAGCUCUGCCCAUGCGUCUGGCAAUGCUGCGGCCGGUGCUCAUUAACACAACUUUGGAUUUUAUAAAAGUGUGGCGUGGUUUAUCAUCAUGAAGCAAGGUAAUAGCAUUGUCGAAAAACAAAAUCCAAACCGUUGUAUAUGUAAAUCUAUUUAUUUAUUUAUCAUCUAUAUAAUAAAUUAUUAACAAUUGUUAUAA